AAAGCUUCCAUCUUUGGAGGACUUACCUCUCCCCUUGACGAGACCCCUUCAAAGUCCAAACCCUAAUGGCCCAAGAAAUUCUCGACGAAACCCUGGAGCUUCCCGAUGAUCGGACCUCCGAACCCGGCGUCGAGCGAUCGCCGUCUGACAUUGUUGAUCCCUCUCUCUCUCGUUCCCUUUCCUCCAGCCGCCUCAACGCCCGGGCCGCCGAAUUCGUCCCCCGGGUGGCGCAGCCCCCCAGUCCUGCCCCGGCGCAGAUCCACCACGGCCACGAUCCGGUCGCCCACCAGGUGAUGCACGUCUUCCACCAGACGUCCCCCAGCCCCACGUACUUUGGUCCUGGGGCGAGUUCGUUCGAGUACUACGGAGGUGGGCCCGCCGGUGGGUUUGGAGAACACGAGGGAGGUCACUCAGGUGUUGAUCCCGAUCAGAGUUAUCCGGCAAGGGACGGGCUGUCGGAGGAAGUUACCCAAAAGAUCACUAAGCAGGUCGAGUAUUAUUUCAGUGAUGUGAACCUUGCUACAACUGAACACUUGAUGAGGUUCAUUAACAAAGAUCCCGAUGGAUUUGUUCCAAUAUCAGUUGUUGCAGGGUUUAAGAAAAUUAGGGCCUUAGUCCACAACAAUUCUCAGCUUGCUAUGGCACUCCGGACAUCAUCAAAACUGGUUGUAAGUGAUGAUGGUAAAAAAGUUGGGCGCCAACAGCCGUUUACAGAAUCAGACAUGGAAGAGUUGCAGUCGCGCAUUGUUGUGGCUGAAAAUCUGCCUGAGGAUCACUGCUAUCAGAAUCUUAUGAAGAUUUUCUCAGCUGUUGGCAGUGUAAAGACAAUUCGCACAUGCUACCCACAGCCUCCCAAUGGAACUGCUGCUGCAGUUAAUAGACCAACAAAACUAGAAAUGCUCUUUGGCAACAGAUUGCAUGCGUUUGUGGUGUAUGAGACUCUCGAAGAUGCUGAAAAAGCAGUAGCAGAACUGAAUGAUGAGAAGAACUGGAGAACUGGACUCAAACUUCGAUUAUUUCCUAAAUUUGUGACAAAACAUGGGCAAGCUCGAGGAAGAAGAGGGCAUGAAGCCGAUAUUAACGGGGAAGAGGAUGUCUGCACGUCAACCCAUUCAAAUGAGAAGCAGGUUGAGGAUACAUAUCACCCGUCUGAAGUGUUGCAUGAGCAUGAGAGCGAGGAGAGUUUCAAUGACAGAGAUGGAGCUCCAAGGCGAGGAAGAGGUCGGGGCCGAGGAGGGAGAGGACGAGGACGUGGCCAGCCUUAUAACAAUAGCCGCGGUGGAGGGCAUGCGGUUGGCACUCCACCUUCUAGCUAUGUGAUUCAUCCCGAUCGUGAGCAACCUGCAGUAGCUCAUAAGCAACCUCCUGGCCCUCGCAUGCCGGAUGGUACAAGAGGAUUUACCAUGGGUCGCGGGAAACCAGUGGUCCCCACAAGUACAGUCUAAAUACCAUUAUUAGUAUGGUUGUUCCUGGAUGUGUGUGUUAAUAGUGACCUUUAUCAGCAAAUCUGCUGCUUUUGGGUGUAACUGCUGAUGAUUUUGGGUAUAUUCAUCCAUCCAUCCAUCCAUCCAUCCAUCAUUUCGCUCAUCCAUGUGUCCAGUAUAUUAGGGUGUCUCGAACCUAGUUUUGGGGCUCGUUUCCUUGUAUUCGUUUUUUGGUCCUCGACAUUUGAUGGUGUGGUGAAAAGAAAGAAAAAUGAAUGUUGGUACUGAACUUGUUCUAACUAUAUGCUAAUAAAGCUUUAAAAGGCAGAAGGUUUGUCGAUUGGCA